UGGCAACCUUUGGAGUUAAACAGCGAGCCGAGGUUUUUCUGGGGAAUGCGGGGACGGACCUAUAUCACCAGUCUCCGUCGGCCCGGCUCGACUUUUUGAUAUAAGAUUGUAUUAUUCUUUUUCCAAUUGUCGAGAAGUUUGGUUAUGAAUUACAUUCAUUAUCACAGUGUAAGAGUAUGAUUCUUUGAGUUAUAUCAUAUUAGGCAGCCAUUGUUGCUCAAUAACAAGGUCGCCCACAAUACAAUCAACCUUGAAUCGCUUACACCGACAGUAGCUUUCACCAGCUAUACGUCCGCUUCCAUUAUGCCUCUUCAACUCAAUGUGAAAAAAACAGAGGGAGGAAAGCCAGGCAAGGUUUAUUACCCCCUGGAGCUCAAGGAGGUGCCCAAGCCAACCCCUGGCCCCAAGCAGCUUCUGAUCCGCUACCACGCGGCCGCGCUGAACCACCGGGACCUCUUCAUCCGCCAGCACCUGUACCCGGGCAUAUCCUUCGACGCCCCGAUGCUGGCGGAUGGCUAUGCCACUGUCGUGUCGGGGCCCGCCCACCUGAUCGGCAAGGCCGUCCUGCCCACCCCUUCGCGCGGCUGGCGGGCGGACCAGGACGGCCCAGAGGAUCUCUCCAAGUUUGCGGUGUGUGGCAGCGCCAUCACGUACGAGGAUGCCGGCACUGCGCGCGAGUACGCCGCCAUCGACGCCGACGAGGUCGAGCUGGCGCCGGAGCAUCUGAGCCCUAUUGAGGGCGCCGCGCUGCCGCUUGUGGGGCUCACGGCCUGGCGUGCCGUGGUUGUCAAGGCCGGCAUCUCACCAACGGUGAACCCGUUGGACCCGCGCAAGAACGUCCUCAUCACUGGGAUCGGCGGCGGAGUCGCCCUGGCGGCGCUCCAAUUCGCCGUGAACAUGAACUGCCGCGUGUGGGUGACGAGCGGGACAGCAGAUAAGAUUGAGCGUGCAAAGCAGCUUGGCGCCGAGGGCGGCGUGAACUAUCGCGAUGCUGACUGGGAUAAUCAGCUCGCCCAGAUGCUGCCCAAGGUCAGGCCGUUCCUCGAUGCGAUCAUUGAUGGGGCAGGAGGUGACAUCGUAAAGCGGUCGCUGCGGGUGCUCAAGUCCGGUGGGAUCAUUUCAAGUUACGGCAUGACCACUGGCCCCAAGAUGGACUGGGUAAUGCAGGCUGUGCUCAAGCACAUCGAGAUACGCGGUACCACCAUGGGAAGCCGUAAGGACUAUCGUGACAUGAUUGAGUUUGUUCGCAAAAAGGAGAUCAAGCCUGUUGUAAGCCGUGUCGUCAAGGGACUGGACAAUCUUGAGGGCAUAGAGGGCCUUUUCGAUGAUCUGAUAGCCGGCAAGCAGUUUGGGAAACUCGUUGUAGAAAUCGCCCCCCAGGAUAUGAACAGUAAGGCUUCCAAGCUUUGAAGACGGCAGCAGUCUGGAUAUAAUGUGUAUCAAUUCAAUGCCGGCUUAGGUAUACUAUUUAAUACAUAGUAAGGACUGUUACCCUUACAUUGGCUUGGUUGUUUGUGACCAAAUAUUUCGACGAACU